UUUUGCAUUGUGCGUCCAACUAACAAUGUGGCCGCUGCAUCUGUAGCUCCUACCACCUGUGGCAGCACUCCUGUUCCCUCUACGCCACAGGGAGAGAGAGAACAAAAAAAGGGGGGAGCUGAGAGAGGUCGGAGAAGAGGAGGAUAUCUUUUGUGAUAAGUGGACUUGUGACAAGGAGAGACCCUUGCUGCAGACCCAGCUGACACAAAUGAAAGGUAAGACAAUGAGGCUCAUAUCAGAUGCAUUUUUAUUGCUGCAUUGUGUCUUUUUGAUGAUGCAUAUUUCAGCCCCCAGUCAUAAAAUUGAAAUGAAGACAGGGUCCACCAGGCAGAUGAUUAAAACUACAGCUGAUGCAUGUUGAUUUGGGCUGUAAACAGAUUUCCAAACACGGCGUUCCAACAGGUGGUUAUCAGGGCAGCAUAUGCGCUCAGUCUUGACACUAAUGAGUGUGGAGAAGCGUGGCAGCGCUGCGAGAAAACAUGGGGAGUUGAUGGUUUUCUGGGUUUUUAGCAAACCCCCCAGAGAGAGGCAGGAUGAUUCAUAUGAUGGGAGAGGAGCAGCCUGGGACUGUCACUUUUAAGACUAAUUACUAAAAGCUAAAAACCCACAGAGAAAAGGAUGAUUUGUCAAAAAAGACGUGCAUGUUUUUCCUAUAAAUGUAGCUUUUAACUUGUUUUAUCAGGUAUUUCAGAAAUAGAUGUGGUAUCUGUUUAAUUUCACGGUAAUUUGGAGCGAUGUGUCGAAGUUAAAUGUCUGUAAUGCAUCACUCAAGUUGUCCUCUUUUUUUCUGACAGCAUCUAAACAGUUGAAUUUUCCUAUAUUAAGUUUUAUGAUAUUCACCUGUAGCUUGUCUCUAUGUGGGGACAAAAGCUGAACCUGUGAAUGACUGGACACAUGAUGGCACUGUUGGGACAAACAACCAAAUAGUAAUUACAUCUGUAUGACCUUUUCCUCACCAUAAAUAACCAUUUAGUGCCUGAGUCCUCGGGCUAACUAUUAGAAAGACAGAUCGACUUUGAUAUUGAUUCUGUCAGGAAUCUAAUGCAGCCAAAGAGAGAGUGAAGUAAAGUUUUGUCUUUUGAGACCAGACUGAAUUUUCUUUAAAACGGUGUGGGGGUUUUGUGUCAAGGAGAGGAAUAAACCGGUGUUUUAAAUGCAGUUGUUGCCGGUACCUAAAAUAAAAACACACUUCAGAGAUGUUACUGGUCAGUCAGAAGGCAAACAAGCAAGCAGAGCUGUCUCUAUGGAAAUUGCUUUCGUCAUAACACUUCCUAUGAAGCCUGCGCUGGGGCUCCGGUCAUGCGGUAGACACAGACCCCUGACAGCUUAUAACCAAGAUUGCUUGUGGGAGAGAGAGAUGACAUUAACGCAGAAGCGCAGAAAGCAGAGAGAAUUUUAUAGUUUAACUCGCACAAUUAGCUGCAGAGCUGUCCCUCACGGCCAUUUGUCCUAAUGAAUCUCAAGUUUCCUCUUUUACCUCAGAUGGCACGGACUAUGGAUUGCCUUCUCCUGUUAUGUUAUUGUUGCGCUGUGAUGAUGAAACUAUACGUCUUAACAUUACACAUGAAUAAAGUCUGAAUUUCCCGAAAACCCGCUAGGCUGAUCUGAUGUCCAAAGCUGCUUUCAUCUAAUUUUGGAGAUUGUUAUGAGACCCUGACAUGUGUUUGAUGUGAUUGCUAGGUAACAAAAAGCAAGCAAAAUAAGGAAGGCGCCCAGCUGUUGAGCUUCAAAGUGUUCAUUAAGAAAAUAUGAAAAGGGAAAUGUAAAAAAUCCUCACUCAUGCAGUAUUCUAGUUUUACAAGUGCCUGUUGUUGUUCUCUAUAUAAAAUGUUUAUUGAAAGCCCCCCAUGAGGAGCUUUUAGCUGUAUGACCUAAAGAAGCUAAAAAAAGACCAUCAGCGGAUGAUAGAUAUGUCUUAGUCAUCGGAUUAAGUGUCAAAUAAAGCAAUUAACACGCUGCAGUUACAACCUUCUUAUGUCUUCAGUGGCAGGUGCUCAAUGAGUGCUACAUCUGACUGUUGGGAGAAAGCUCAAUGAGGCUUUUUUUUCAUUAAAGCAUAACUUUGAAAUAUAUCAAGAGACAUGAGGUGCCACUUUGUUGACAGGAGCUGACACAAGACAGCAGUUUCUUUCAUAAGCUUUAAAAAUCUCUCUUUAACAAGUAAAUCCAACAUUAUUGUUAUUAUUAUUAACCUUUAUUUAACCAGAUAAAACCUAGUGAGAUCAGGAUCUCUUUCACAAAGGUGAUCUGGUCAAGAGGUCAGCAGCAAAUGCCGUAAGAAAAGUAACAUAGAAGUUAAAGCACAGAUUAAUACAGGUAAUCUUGGAGAUGCAAUAGUGUACGACAGUUAAGCAAUGUUAAGAUAACUUUCUAUCGUUGUGAAAUAGUCAAGGUUUUCAAGUUUUCUAUCAAUACCUAUUAAAAUAUACAUGAAAUAAGUGCAGUUUUAAUUGCCCACAAUCCAGGAACUGCUCAAGAUUUGAUGAUUAGCGUCUGUUAGCUGAUAAUGCUAAUGUAACGUGUAAUCUCCAUGAUAAGAAAGCAUUACCCUCCUGUCUUUUUACUUGAUAAGUUGCUUUCUAACAAAUUAAGCAAACUAAAAAGCCAAAAGUUAAUCUGUGUAAGCCAAGAGAGUCGAGGUAACAUGCUAAAAUUAACUCAGUUUUGUGUCCUCUGAGCAACAACAAAGCUAACUAGCUUACUGAGCUAAUAACUUGCUAACUGUGAAGUUUGCUUUUGGAAAACAAACAAACAAAAAAACUAGGAAAGUACUUUUUUUUUAUUGUGGCAGGAAUUAGUUGAUUCAGCUAGCUUUGUAGCAUGACUCAGCAACUUUUGAUAUAGCAGAUUUAGUUAGCUAUAGCUAAGUGGCUAAUUUGCUAGCCUAGGAAUUAGCCUCUACAGUGAAAGUACUUAUGUGACACAAUUUUACCCUUAAAUGAUUUAAAAAUAAAAUCAGACAUUAGAUAGAUUUAAAUCUGAAUUAUAAAGUUGUUGUUAUAAUUAUGUUUUAGACACUUUUUCUCAUGCUGUUUACGCACUUCACUGUGCCGUACUAGUUUAAUGGUGGAUAUUAGGUGAGUAUUUAAUUACUUUAUUUUUCUGUCAUGAUGACCCAGAAUCCUAAAACCAGCACCAUGCCAGGACUCAUUAACAAGGAGAACCGGGGCGCUCUGCCCCUCAGCGUCUCUGACAUCACUUCCUGUGUCAGGGGUUACACUCUGGCCAUGACAGCCUCACUAACCUAUGAAAACAUUGAGGAUCACGCAAUCGAGGGUGAGUAUGCUCAUCACCACUGACUAAUUUGUUUAUUUCAAUCAUGUAGACCCCUGCUGCUCUCGGAUAAUUCCGAACCCCUGUACGCUCUGAGAGACACUGCUGUAGAAUUCAGCGUGAAUGACUGACUGUGUUCAGUUUGAUUGCCUGUUUGCUGCCUCUGGUUCAUGGCCUUGCUCCUCUUUUAUUUCUUUCCCUUUGUCUGACAGGGAUGUUCAUUUAUCCUCUGGAGGAAAACUCUAUUGUUGUGGGCUUCGAGUCUAUGAUAUCCAGUCAGAUUAUAACCCUGCAAAUAAAAGACAAGGCAAAAAUUGAAGACUGUUAUUCGGAUUGCUGCAACACAUCUAAUGGAGCCCUUCAGAGUGGCACUGGUAAGGCUUAAGCUUCUCCGAUCAAUAUUGUUGUAUUAUUUUUCCAUUAGCUGGUCCCACUGAUCAUUGGAUGGUGCUGAAGGGCUGCUGGAGCUUAUUCCAACAGAUACUGGGUACAAAUUACUUGGUUUUGGGGGAUGAGGAAGGUUUAGAGAGAAUGAAUCUUUGGAAUUAAUGAUCUUGCAGAGGAUUUCAGGUUACUAAACUUGGAUUGAUCCACAUAACACUAUCUAUCCAGCAUAAAAGGAUGGACAGAUGUAAUUUUGGACCAACUAUUGCAGUCUGUCGCCAUUUCAGUGUCGUAUUUUAAGCUCAAUGUGCUGCUCGAAAUGUCCCCAUAAAGUUAGAAGGACUUUACUUAACGUGUAAAUCUGUGAACUCAUCACAGGAGGCGACAUUCAUCUGGAAAAUUUCACUCAGUCAUGUCCUCUGUGGCCUUACCCAGAGCAUUACAACAUGAAGUAAUUACCCAUGAUUCACCGGGGUCAUCUUAGAUCAGGAUUGUGAAAAAAAUAUAUAGCUGUCAUCACAUAUUACAAAUGCCGCCAUCAGACCUGCUGACUUUAAUUGGCCAAGAUUAGAUUUAUAUCAGUCUAUGACCAUUAAUUUGAAGUUCCUGUAAAUAGUACACAUAUUCUGGUCAUUGGUAUCGUCUAUCAUCUGUCUCUUUCUGCUUACCAAACCUAACAUGGUAGCAACGGGUAAAGGUGUAAGAUUAGUCAGGCUUCUUCCUCAGUCAUACCACAUCUGGACGUCUUUUCUGGAUAUCUAAACCUACUGUGUAUGCAUUAUCAUAUCGUAUCGUAUUCUAUCGUAUGGCAUCGUAUCGUAUCAUAGCGUAUCAUAUCGUACUGUAUCAUAUCAUGGCGUACCGUACCGCACCAUAUCGUAUCGUACUGUACCGCACCAUAUCGUACUGUAUCAUAUCGUAUCGUACUGUACCGCACUAUAUCGUACUGUAUUGUAUUGUACUGUAGCGUAUCGUACCAUAUCGUACCGUGCCAUAUCGUAUGGUAUUGUAUCGUAUCAUAUUGUAAUGUAUCGUAUCAUAACGUACCAUACCAUAUCAUACUGUAUCAUAUUAUAUCAUAUCGUAUUGUACCAUACUAAAACCUAUUGUACUGUAUCGUACCAUAUCGUACCAUACCAUAUUGUAUUGUAUUGUAUCAUAUCGUAAUGUAUUGUAUCGUAUCGUAACGUAAUGUACCGUACCAUAUCAUACUGUAUCGUAUCGUACUGUAUCGUAUUGUAUCUUACUGUACCACAUCAUACUGUAUUGUAUUGUAUCAUACAGUACCAUAUUGUACUGUAUCGUAUCGUAUCAUAUCGUAAAAAGUCAUUUCCUUAACUGCAUUUCUUCCCGUCCACUCUUUAGUCUUUGCGGACCCCUGUAUAAAUAUACUCAGAAUCCUUUUACCCCAUGUUAGACAUACCUGACUUUAAUUCAAGAGGAUCCCUUGUGUUCUGGGUAUCUGCUAGUCCUCUUAUCAUCGGUAUUGUUCCAAUAUGUUCCAUUAACUUAGGCGGUGCAGUACUAAAUUGCUGGAGCACCUCUUCAGUCGUCUUUUAUGUGGGUAUGCAUCAUCACUUUACGAAGUCAUUGACAUGGUAGAUUUGGUUUCUGUCUAAAAAAGCAAAGGUCUAGACUCUAAUGUUUUUAUAGAGCUACAGGGAAAACUGAUCAACAUUUGAGCGAGGAAAAUCACUGACAGAAAGAAGUAAAAAAUCCUUGGUUUUAUUUAUCUCAGAGGAGGAUGACUAAUAGUAAAAGCCUUAGGCCAUUCUCAAUAUGCAGCUGAGUUCUUUUCUAGCGCUGCUAAUUAUAGGAGCUGGAGUAAAAACACCUUUGGUAGCUGUAGUAAAUUUCAAGAAGUGGUUGUUUACCAAUCUUGUCUGCGGUUUCAGGCCACAUAGUGAUGGAUGAGGAUUUGGAGAGGACGGUGCUAGUUGUUAACCUCGGGAUCAUCCCACCCAUGGAGACGGUGCAUGUGUUGGUUAGUACCUCAUCUGAACUCUCCACCCUGCCCAGCGGAGGCAUCAAGGUCUCCUCCCCUCCAGUGUGCACACCUCGGGUACAGAGGAGCAUCAAUGAGGAGCAGGGACUAUCUCCGAACUUCUCCAGGUUGUAAGAAAACAAAGAUUUUUCUCUGAUAGUUCACGUUACUUAUAUUCUUGUUGUAAUGCUGUUUUUUAAGAUUAGAUGUGAACUUUUUAUAGUGUUUAUACAGAAUACCCACAUAAAAUAGUUAUGUUUCUCUACCUUUAGGCGGGACAGACAUACCUCUGCCUCCAGUCCUCACGAUCAAACACCCAACACCCCUCCUCAGCUGUGGUUGGCUUCACUGCUGGAGGAGGAGAGCAUAAACUCCAUGGACUACGAGUUCAACUUCCAGCUGGAGAUUCGAGCUCCCUAUCUCCUCGCAGGUCAGAGACCGAACCAAAGCUUGUGAUAUAUUUGACAGGUUUUUCUUGCAGGGUGAAUCCACUUGUCAGCGGUGGAACUGCACCCACGAGACGUCCAGAUCUAACACUGUUUUAUAAAGGUUUAACAGGCCUGAUCACUUGAGCUUUCUUGUAUUUAAGGAUUGCGUUCCAGCGUCCCCCUGAGAGCUCUCUCUCCUGCAAUAAGACAAAAAGGUCCAACAGUCAAGUGCAGCAAGAAAAAAAAGGGCUGCCCUCUCUCUCAACAAGAAAUUACAGCAAGGAAAUAACUUUCUUAAUCCUUUUUUAAAAUGUACCAGCCCUUCUUUUGUCCAGAAAGACUUGGCUAAGGUUGUGCAGCAACUAAAUUUGAAGUUACACCAGUUUCUAGCUGAAAUAAAUAAUUCAACGCUUAACUCUGUGUGCAGAGCUGGGCUGGUUUUUCCCCUGUUUCCAGUCUUAAUGUUAUACAAAAGAUGAUGUACAGUGAGAAGGGUGAGCAGGACUCUGACUUUCAGGGCCGUGUUUAGACUGGUUGCCCAGGGUGGCACUGCCCUUUCCCCCCCCCAAGACGUUCACAACAAUGACUCUGACUCAUAUAAUUGUGUACCUGUUUAUUCUGUUUAAAAUGAACAAAAACAUUGACAUUUAACUGUGUUGAAAGUUCGUAGGUAUAUCUCCCUUCUGCUGCAACAGAAAAAGUCCAUUAAAAGACUCUGGAUCCACUCCUAGUUCAAAUCUCCAAAGGGUGUAUACUCUUGCUCUAGUGAUCCACCGUACAAUUCAAGAUCUGGGUUUGGAUCUCCCGUCUUUCUUGUAUUAAUAAAUUGGUUGUUGGUCAACUAUUCCGCCUUCAAAUUCAGGACUUUUAAUGUCGUCGCCUCAUGGUUUAUGUCACUUCCUAGCUAGCAGGGUUACUGUCUCCACACACCAAGCGCAAGUAAAAUCAUUCGCGUUAAUGAGGUACAUGUUAAUUUAAUGCAAAGAGGCGAUUUAGAUGCUCCUACUACUCUGGCGGUGCAAAUGACGCAAAUGUGGCGGCAGCUGAAAUCGUCUCAACUUGAGCAGAUAUUCGUGUUGCAAUAACUAAUCAGCACGAAGGUUCCCGGGUGACGUUGUUCACUGGUAUCUAAAAUGGAGGACAAACUGAUCAUGUCGGUGUGUGGGUGCCCUGAAUUAUAUGAUACCUUUUCUUUCAAUUACCAAAACUGGAAUAAAAAGGAGCAAGUGAGCGAGGAGGUCGGAUUACCUGGUAAAUUGUAAAAAAACUUUGUCUAUCACUUGAUCCUGCCGGUUGAAUUGGCGGGGAUUACUGUUGAAAUUAUGCGCAAAUGAAGCGAGUAGAUACUUUUCAUUCACAUGUCGAAUUAGGCGUGUAGAUGAUUUUACCCACGCUUGGUGUAAGCGCCCCAUUAGGGUAAUGGUUAGCAACUUGCAGAUGUGAUCAGUUCACGGAUUGCAGGACAGGAUCCAAUAAAAGUUUAUCCUCCAUAUUGUUUAGGGUGCUUUGUCACAUUUUUGCCACAGUGUCAACAGGCAGAGGUCAAAUGUUGUCUUAAUCAUUGUUGGGACAGGGUUUUCACCAAUCAGAGUCGAGUAUUUAACACAGCCAGGUGACCAGAAAGAAAGCUGACCAGUAAUCAAAUCUGAAAAAGACUUUUUCCUCCAAACAGGACGGUGUUUAAUAUUCAAAAUCACAUAUUCGCACCCAUUUUUGAUGAUACUGCACCAUCAUACUGAGCGGUUUGAGUUGGUCCUGCUCUUGUUUGUGAUUUCUGAUAUUGCUCGGUUGUUUAAUCUGCUGGUUUAAUACCAGGUUGUUGUCCUGUGUAGGUGUGGAGAGCCCGUCUCACGCUAUCCGAGCCGAUGCAGACCCUCUGGCCCGCUCCGCCACCAGCGUCGUGAUCACUCUGGCCGACAAGUACACUUACGACUGUCCUGUUGAAAUCCUUAUCUACCCCAGCGGUAGGUCCCCGCCGCCUCUAAACACACUCACACCUCUGACCUGCAAUUAUACUCUCCUUCACUCUCAAGUACAAUAUUUUGAAAUUGUUUAUUCCAGGCUACUCUGACAGCUUUUCAUGUGUCGAGCUUAUAAGAAGAUCAGCCGUGAGGUGAUUCAGUGCCUCACUUUGUGUGCAUGAGUGGCUCAUCAGGAACAAACUGGUCCUCCUGUUAUUAUUACAUGACAUACCAGCGGACUCGGACUUCUUUGUGUGGGAGUGCGGUGUCAGGGUUUUUUUUUUUCCCCCUGCGCUGCUGUCUUUCUCUCACGGCUGUCUUGACCUACAGUAUGUGUGGGCCACUUGUCUCCCAGAGGCAGGAAUGAUCCUCUGCCUCGCUGAUCCUCUUAUGAAGGUCCGCUCACAAACAGAGCAGCUGCCAGUGCUCGGCAAUUUAAUUCAGCUCAGACUGGUGCUGCUGUUUCAAUCUCGGUAUGGAUGCUCAGCUUAAUGGAGAGACGGGGGACAGUGAGCUGCAUAACAGACAUGGAUGUGUGUCAAGUAUAUUACCCAAGGGUCUCUGCAAAGUUCACCGGAUUGAUUUGAAUGCAUUUUCGAUUCAGUGUUGCAUAAUUCGAUUGAAUUAUGCAGAUUAUAAAUGAAAAUCAGAAAGUUUCUUAUAACGUCCUCCUACAAAUGCACAUAACACACUGUAGAUCCCAAGUGUGCCAGUACUGCAGCAUAAUAUAGCAAUAAUCCCCUAUAAUUACAUUAACUGGCGGGGCAUUCAGAGAGCACAGACCUCAGUCAGGGCCUGUCCUCUACAAUAUGUAGAUUUGCAAAUGCAAUCAGUUUAUUUGUCUGAAGAGCGAGCAAUACUUCAUUACCAUGUACACGUGGGUUACUGUCAACUAUUGGGACUGGAAAGGGGCAGCAAGUAAUCAAAAACUGUUGUUAUGGAAAACUGUGUCAACUGGAAAGAGUUUCAUUUCUUUGUGAUUUAGAAACAGAUCUGCAACGAUGUUAAAGAGAGAAUUAUAUCAGUUGUUUCUCGAACAAAGCCUGAACUUGACUCAGUUUAGACGGUGAAAUGUUGAACAGAUUAACUGAUUUGAAGCUGCUGUGAGGAAGUUUCAGUUCGUGUUGAUUCGGCAAAGAUGCACGUCUUAUUUCAAAUAUUAGCUCAACCAGUCGGCGUACACUCCUGGUAUUAACUAGCAAUGAUGACAACAUUCAGUUCUUCACAAUGAGAUUGUGUAUAUUUGCAGCCUAGUCGUUUAAGUAAAUCGCCAAAGCUAAAGUGCAUUUGUAUUUAUUUAUUUAGCACAGAUUAAAAACAGUGCAAGGAGAGAACGAAGCCGAUAGGGUUAUGCAGAGUUCCACUCCCGUCAGGGCAGUAAAGGUAUAGGGUGUAAACAACGAGUAAUUAGGACAUAGGUUAUAAAUAAACAAUGGGUGAGAAUAGGUCAAAAUAUAUGAAAAGAAAAAAAGAAAAUAGACAAAUCGUCAACCAGCCCAACCAGAGAUAGAGAAAUUAUAAGUAUUCAUAAAAAGAAAAGAAGCAUAAACAUAACAGAUAAUGACGUGUUAAGACAUGAUUAGAUGUGAUUUCAAUGGUAUUUUAAAAGGAUUUGAAGGAUAAUAUUGAUAAUAUAGAAUAUUGAUUCUAGAGAUACUAACUGACGAUGGCCAUGUUUCCUUAUUGAGUAUGGGUGAAAGCGGAUGAAAAGGUAAAAAGUCUCGGUGAGUGUCAGGAAGGUCUCGAUUCCUAUUGAUAAACUUAUGGACAAACAAACAAGAGUGAAAGACAUCGAGUUUGUCAAUCGGUGAGAUUAGAUCGAGAUAUCAUUCUUAAGAAUCUUUUCUGGAUUAGUAAUCAUUUCUUGAGGUAAGUUGGAUACAUUUCACACCAUACAAUAUUACAGUAGUUCAUAUAAGGAAAUAGGAAGCUAUGAAGAUUUUACCGCAGAACAAGAAAACUGGGUAUUUUCAAGACGGUUUUUACAGCUAGAAACACUUGAUUACAAACAGUAUCGUUUGCAGACCCAUUAAAAUAAAAUUCAAGUAACUGAAGAGAGAAAUCUCAAUGAAAUACAGAUGCAUCUUUAAGACUCUCCUCAGCAGACUGUGUUGUCCUUAAACCCAGCUGUAAUGAAUCACUUUUAUAUGUGAGCACCUGUUCGGUGGCAGUUUCAGGCUUUAUGUCCGUCUGUUUUGUUAUGCGUCAACAAUAAUUAUAGUGAUUAUUAUGCUCUUACGAUCUGUGUCCCUGUAGAGCCUCAUCUCCCGCAUGUCCUUAUCGAGAACGGGGACAUGACACAGGAGGAGUACGAUGAGUAUCUUCAUGGCAGGAGUGAUUUCAUCAAGGCGACCAAGAAGGACUCCAGCAAUGAGAAGAAAGUGAGUGUGAAUGCCGUCAGAUGACAGUCAUACUGCUGCUCUCAAGUUUAGCUUAUUCUUAGGGACAAAAUGAAGAAAAACUACAGACUAUUAUUGCUCCAAAAGGACCCUCAGGGGCUAUAAGGAAGACCAGAAUUGACACAAAUGAGGUAGACUUGAGAGGAGAGCUUAAGCAAUCAUGUGGCUCUCCUGUUUAUGUCUCAUUUAAGGUCUGCUCUGGAGACCUUUCAACGUGCUUCGUGUCCUCAGAGCGUUUUUUCCUAUAGGUGAAAUGUUCUGUGGCCGUACGCUUUGAAACCCUCGCCCUCGAUUUAACAGGCUAAACAGUUCUCCCUGACUUUGAAUCCACAUCUCUGGAUUUUCAACAAAUCAAACAGGGAUGUAAACAUCUCUUCUGUCUUCCUUCUUCUGCAAUUUAAACUGCAAAGAUUGUCCUGAGCGUCUCAGGGAUGUGUCCUCUCUUAUCUCUCAUAUGAUGAGGUUGUUAAGUGACCAGCAGACCUAAACAGAGGAAGGAGGGAGAGAGAGAGAGAGAGAGCACUUAGCCAUAAAAAUGUGUUUCUAUGGAAACACUCCAAAGGCUCGCCUCAUUCUGCCUGGAUUUUCCUGCACAUCUAGAAUAAUUGAUGUGCUCUAUCUAUCGACCUGAUCACUUGCCUUUUUUCAGGUCUCUUUUUGUCUCCUUUUUUAAGUGCUGAAAUAAAGCCCCGUCACAUCCUACCAUAAAAACCACUUAUCUCAAGAUGCCGAGUCCUCAUAUUUCAUGCUUUCCUCCUCUGACUCCUCUGCCUUUUCUCAGGUGGAAAUCAUUCACAGACGCCUCCACAAAGAUAUCCUCCACAACCCCGUGGUCAUGCUCAACUUCUGUCCCGACCUCAAGUCCAUCAGUGCGGACCUGAGGAAGGUUCACGGCGAGUUCAUCUUCCUCAUUGACCGCAGCGGCAGCAUGAGCGGUGUGAACAUCAACCGUGUGAAGGUAUUUUAAUCUCGGCGGGGUUGCGCGGCGUUGAUGCAAACACACAUAUUAACGUUAUCGAAAAGUAGGAAUACAUCCAUCGUGCGCAUUUACAUACACACAUCUUUGAAGAGACUGAUGCAUGACAAACAUGAUAGGCUGUAUUGAUUCUGCAUAAUUGCUUUCUUGGCUCCCAGCAACACUGAAGCAGCCUUUGGAGAUUAUAGAUGUGGUUAGCCAGCUGUGAGAAGGGCAGGUAUACAAGGAUAUUGAUUAGAGGAGUCAUUCACUAUUCAACAAAUGUCUCUCAGCCGCGAGAGUUCAGACAGCUAAUCUUUCAAAGAGGGAGACUUUAUUUACUUUAAAUAUGUUUGUAUGUUAUUCGGCUGCGUCUGAUUUGGCCUCAUGGUGCGUCUGGACGGUGACGUAUCGACUGUUUCUUUCCCGUGAGAGCCGCAGCUGUAUUCUCUCUCAAACAACAACAGAAGCAGCGAAUUUGCCUGUUGAUGCACCUGAGCAGACGCCCCAACAAAAGGCAGUGAGAUCUUCCCGCUCUCCGCCGAAGUGAAGGUUGAGAUAAGUGGUGUAACUGCUGCAGGAGAGGCGGUGAUGGAUGAAAGGACACCGCAUGAUGCCGCCGCUUUCCACUCAAUCCUCUCCUUCAGAAAAUCUGCUGAGCAGCGUUGACAGCCGUGUAGAGCCCCGUGCUUUUAUUGAAACAGACAUCAGUAGAUGUAGUUGUACCGCUGUGGAAAUGAUCGAACAGUUUAACACGACAUUAAGCAGCUAAUGAACGGAGGAGCUCUUUACUUUUUAUUCCACAGUCCUUGUCUUGUCCUUUUCUCUGAGGAUGAACCUGAUCUGUCUCUCUCUUUCUCUCUUUCUUUCUCUCCUUCAGGAUGCCAUGGUGGUGAUUCUGAAGAGUCUUGUACCCGGCUGCAUCUUUAACAUCAUAGGAUUCGGCUCUACGUUUAAAUCAUUAUUCACAACCAGCCAAAACUACGAGGAGGUAAAGACCAGUUCAAUAGAUGACACACCAAUUUGUAUAUUUGUCUCCUUUAUUUCCCCUGACGCUCGUACCUUCAGUGCCACUAAGACUUUGUACUCAGAGACCACAGAAAAGGAUGACAUAUCCCUUUAAUAACACCUGAAACUGGUCUCCUCAGGUGAUUUUCAGAGUGAUUUUAAAUAGUAAACAUGACUCUAAUCCUGAGUUUUGGCAGGGAAAUACAUGCAGGUGUUGUUAUAUUUAAUUAAAGAGCAGACGAUGACGUAGGGCUGGGCGAUUAACCGAAAAAUUUGCUGAUACCGAAAUCUACGACAAUAACCGACGUCAUUUUGAUAUAUUCGGUGUCAAAAAAUAAAAAAAUCAAAGCUGGUUUUGGAUGUGUGUAGGAAGGCUAUGGUCUCAUGUCCCUUUAAGACGCUGUCCUACGUCAGAGACGUGACUCCACCCCAUCCAGUCCGUAACAAAGAGGGAAAGACAGGAGAGGAGAUGGAGGACGGUUCAAAAGUUGUAGCGGCUGAAGUAGACAAAGUUAAUGUGGGAGGGGGUGAGCAGCUAGUGGAGUAGUUAUCGUCCUUUUAUCGUUAUUGAGGUGAACUGAUCAAUAUAUCGUGAUAUUGAUUUGAGGCUAUAUCGCCCAGCCCUACAAUGACAUGUUUAAAACACUAAUUUGUAGUCCUCGUCCCUGGUUAUUCUGCUGGAAAUCAGGCACAUUAUUCAUAAACUGUUAAACAAACUUAACAAACUGACAUUACAGAAGAGAAGCAGUCAAAUAUUUGCACAGAAACAAACAGCGAAGCAGACAUAAAACUGACAAAAGUCAGCAGGAUAAGUUUAUAUUUUGUCAAAAGUUACAGCUCAAAUGACGAGAGAGGCAAAGACUGUCAUGAGCCAGAGUUAAACAAAAGGAAAGGGACCCAAAGGCAGAAAAAAAGAAGUAUUUGUUUCAAAAGAACUAAAUGAAAAGCAACACAAGAAGCAAAAUUCGAAGAAUUAAGAAGGCACCGGUGGAAAAAAAACACAAGGAGAUAACUGGGGACACAAGCAUACGCACAAACAGACACACAACGAACCAACAAGGACAGAGGCGAAGACAGAGACUAUAUACACACUGGUUAACAAGCAACAGGUGUGAGGCAGACGAGACACAGGUGAGACUCGUUAGUGAUUAAUGAAGGAGGGAAAACUAGAGAAGUAAAACCAGACUAGAAACACAAAGAAUCAACUACUACAAAAUAAAACAGGAAGUAAACACUUAAAACUGAUCUAAAGAAUAAAACGCAGAGAACAGAGGGGAAACAGUAGUCACAAGACUGGACUACAGGAGAACAGAAAAAACACAAACACUAGGGACAAUACACAGAAAAUGCACUCAAAUAAAACCAGAAGAAAAGCUGAAUUAAUAGAACAUCAGCUUUGUCCACAGGGGGCGCCAGAACAGGCACAACCAAACGCUUUUUUCUGUGCUGUGUGAGUACUUUGUUUUUGUUAACGGCAGAAUAUAGUGCUGUGAAGAUAUUUUACUAAUAUCAGCUCAAAAGAUCAGCUGUUUAAACCCUGAUUUGAUGUGUACCAGCUGAACCUGAUACGUUUAUUUACCAGAUAGUAGGACGGCACGAAUCACCUCACAUCGAAAUUCCACUCAGAGUGUUCUAACGGCUUCAUUUAUUAUCAAUUCUCCACACUGAGACUCUAAAGUAGAGCUCCGACUGUCUGUUAUAAAGCUGACAGCAAUCACUUCAUGUUCUUAAAUCACACGUCUUGUUGCCUCAAACUUCUCAGCACCGCCCCGCUGUGUCUGAAAUGUAGCGCUGAGACAGCAGGAUAUAUCGUUGAUCCUAAAGCUUCAAAAGAUGGUAAAUCCCUUCGAGCGGUGAAUCCGACCACCUUUUCUGUAAUCAUUUCAGGCUUUUCAACUCUCUUGAGGACACUCAUUCUGCCUUUUAAAACCCACUUGUAAUUUUGGCGCAGCAGCAGAACAUUUUAUUUUGCAUAGAGGCUCCAGUUUCAUCAAACAGUUUGGAGGUUGUUGCCGUGGAGUUGGUGAAAAGUGAAAAGAGAAAGAGGGAAUAAUCUUGGUUUAAUAGCAAAAUAAGGCGGUUACAUUAGUCAGUGUGAGGGUAACCCAUGUCUGGAGGGAAAUCAGUGCAGCUUGAGUUCCCUGCCUGAAGUAGCUCACAGGCAUCACUCUGUUUCUAAAAGUUUUCAAUACAUUCGACUUCAAUUUUGAGUCCUGCCAAACUCUACCUCGACGUCACCCUCGCUGACGGUGUAACUCCAAAAAUACUGAAGUUCAUCUUUUCUCAGGAAGCCCUGACUCUGGCUUGCGAGUACGUGAGGAAGAUUCGAGCAGACAUGGGGGGCACCAACAUCCUGGCUCCGCUCAACUGGAUCCUGAGGCAGCCGAUGUUCAGCGGACACCCACGCCUGCUCUUCCUGCUCACUGACGGCGCUGUCAGCAACACGGGCAAAGUUAUCGAGUUGGUCCGCAGCCAUGCACGCCACAUCAGGCGAGUACUCCUGCUCGGGUUAAAGGGAUAUUCCGGCGUGAAAUUAAUUAUUAGUAGAUUAAUAAUUAUUAGAAUUAGUAAUAGCUUGGUUGGGGAAAUGGAUGGACAGAUAUAGCAGCUUUAUGAUGUGUUAAACACAUCCGGGUUUCUGCAAGGUGGUUUGAAAUUAAGUCAUAAUGUCAACAUAACAAGUAAGUAAAGGCUGGUCCCUCUGAUUAAAGGGAUAUUCCGGCGUAAAAUUAAUUUAAGGUCAAACACACUGUAACACUGAGUUAUACACCCUUUUCUAGUUAUACCAACUUUAGUAAUGACUGCAGGAUAGCAAAACACAGCGGUCUGAGGAGCCGUAAAUAAACCUCAACCAAAACGCUACUCUAUAGCCACAAAUAAUGCUCAGAACAGCACCUAACUUCAUCAACAGGACAUAUAGGGUCACAGCCACAGUACUAGCCACCAAACAUCUUUUUAACUUUGACUUAUUUCUUUAGCAAAGAGACUAAACACAUCUCACCUACUCUCUCGAGACCUCAGGCCAGUCCAUUACAGACUGCAGUGGAGUUUCGCAGCUCAAGGAAGAACAUUUAUGAUCAUUUCUUUAUCAUUUCCCUGGAGUAAUAAUCAAUAAAACAAUCAUUUUGAACUGCAGACACAGUAGUUCUUCUGCCUUAGCGUCUCGGUCUGAUUAUAUUUCCAUGAAGAAAUGAUCAUAAAUGUUCUUCCUUGAGCUGCGUCACCCCGCUGUAGUCCGUAGAGGUCUCGCUACAAACAAGCGGCUGCUGGAAGUGAGUUACUAAAGAAAUUAGGCAAAGUUCAAAAGAUGUCCGGUGGCUGGGACCCUAUAUGUCCUGUUGAUGAAGUUAGGUGCUGUUCUGAGCAUUAUUUGUGGCUAUAGAGUGGCGUUUUGGUUGAAGUUUGCUUAUGGCUCCUCAGACCUCUGUGUAUUGCUAUCGCGCCGUCGUUACUGAAGUUGGUAUAACUAGAGAAGCAAGUGGUCAGCAACAUUCAUCUCUCGAGUAGGAAUAUCCCUUUAAUAUGUCCGAAUUAAAAAUCAAUAUAAGUCACAUCGUUGGGGGUCAUGUCAUGUAAGAGGAGAAGAACAAUAGAGGUAGGUGAAUAAGAACAGGCUGUGACAGAGAAUCUGCUGUACACUGAAUCAAAGCAAAUGAUUACAUAUUCCUCUUUUGUUUAGGUCCAUUAUGCAAAUAGCAAAAGCAUCACUCAAGAUUAAUUCACAUCCGGGGAUUGUCUCAGGCUUAGACCGAACACCUGGCGAUGGAAAUGUAAUCCUCUCAAAAUUAAAUCUAGGUGUUAGACAUUUUAUAUAUAUCGCGGCUCAGAAUCUGUCACAGGAGAACAUAUGUGCAGCCGUGACUCGAGGUUUUAAAACCAACACUGUUUUAAAGCUCGAACUCGACCGGGGGAUGAAAAAAAAAGCUCCCCGCAGGAUUCAAACAUCAACUGUCGAGUGAGAGUGAGCGCUGGCGGCACAAUAGACUCGCUGUACGCUGGGAAAUUUGUUUUAUUUUGCUGCUUGUGUCGAAGUCUCACACUGCGAAUCCCUUUCCUGAGUCACUCUGGAAAUAAUUGACUUUUGUGUUCCCCCUUUUAAUGGAUGACUGCCCCCAGAUGAUUGCAUUAGGUACACAGAGCUUGUCCAAUUCAUCGACACUUCCUGGGUCAUUAUCACACUCUGCUUACAAAUCAGCACAGCCAGUCAGAGACAAGACCAAACAACGAUUAAUCUCUGUGCCGAAAAGAUCCAUGCAAGGUUUUUAACUAUGUAAAAGGUGACAUUUCCAUUUUCAUUUGUGCUCUUUGAGCUCAUUAAAAAUGCAAACGGAGAAAGUUGGUGUAAAGAUAUUAGCCGGCUCAUCCCAUGAUUAGAAAGAGAAUAAAAACAGGGAUUUAAAGCUUCAUCCGACCUCUCAGGAGGAGAAACAGGCAAGUCUCGAAACUCUAUCAUUUCCUGUUUGGCGUCUUAUCCCCUCCCAAAUCUGUCUCUGACAAAUUAGAUUGUCUUGGGUGUAUACAUCUCCAGAGUGCCUUUCUAAAUCUCUGCUAGAUGAGCGCACAUCCUAACAAGCCACCUGUUCUCAUACGCAGCGUGUCCCCAGAUCUGUCUGUGAAGGUUUUAUGUGUCUGCGCAGGUGUUUUACGUUCGGCAUAGGACUGAGUGCUUGCAGACGGCUGGUGCAGGGGCUGGCGACGGUUGCCAAAGGAACGGCUGAAUUUCUGGCUGAUGGAGAGAGGCUGCAGCCCAAGGUACUCAUUUCCAGCUUUGUUUCUCUUUAAAGGCCAGUCAUUGUGGAGCGACUGUGCUGAGUUUUCUAAGCGCUGAAUGUCUGCCACUCAAACUAAGUGUAAAAUCAAAUCCCAGAGGCGCCGUUUGUUUUAUGAGCCCGCCAUGUAGAAGCUGUGUUUUUGUUUUGGCUCAGACUUAUCAGCUUGACUUCACAGCCUGCCUGAACUAGCACUUCGUUUGUUUUUACUCCACAGAUGAUAAAGUCCUUAAAGAAAACCAUGUCCCCUGUUCUGAGCGACAUCUCUAUCGAGUGGCUUUUCCCCGAGACGAAAGAGGUGCUGCUGUCCCCCGUUGGCAACACUUUCCUGUUCCCUGGAGACAGUCUGAUCGGCUACAGCGUCGUUUGCGACACCACCCGUUACCACGCCAACCCCAAAUCUGUAAGUUCAAAACUCCUCCUGAAAGAGACGCUUCACUUCGUUAAAUAUGUUUCUUUUUUUUUUUUGCAUAUUUCAGAGGACGAGGCUGUUUUUAUCUAAAUUAGUCACCUUCAAAAAAGUGCUCCGGGGGAGAUUAAAAGGCUAACUAUGAACAAGCUCUUUAAUUAAACCUGGUGAACAGGUUUUUACUGAGGCACUUGUCUCGUAUGUGACACCUACUUAAAAUCUCAACAGGAUAAGCGGAGGCGAUACAGCAUGAUGCGCUCCAUCGAGUCCGCCAGCUCGGUGUUUUAUCACUCUCAAGAAGAGGACCCGGCGAGGACCGGUGUGGACAGCCAGGGCUCCUACAGAGACGCUCCAUCAUACCCUCUGUACGACUCCUACCAGGACUCUGGGACGGAUAGCCCUGCUCCUGCAGACCAAGACACCGCAGGUAAAGAGAGACACAGAAAGAACCCUGUUUCUUUACUUUAGGUCCUAUAUGAAUAUUUGUACGUUCGAUAAAAUAAAAGUGGUUAAAACUACGAACGACUUUCAUGGAAGCAACAACUUUUGCACAUAAACCCCACCAGGCUUCGAUUGUAAGACAUCUCCAAGAAGACGCGCAUACAGCACCAACCAGAUCAUCGACUACAACCCGGCAAAGAAGGUUUUCACUCCCAGCGACCCCAGCUCUGUGGUCGCCAAGAACCCGUUGAGGAGAUCCAAAGUCCAGGAGCUGACCGGCCAGAUGAGCUCCGAGCACGAAGCGCAAUGGAGGAACGAUUUCCAGGUUUGAUCUCGAUCGCUCGCUGAAAGCUUCUCUUGGAAAUAGAUCAGAAGCAAGAGGGUUAGCAAGAACGUUAUUUAUAUUCAGGCUGUGCUGACAAAUUAACCAUUCAUCUGACCCUUGUAUAGACCUGGUGUGAAAUCAAGACCAGACUAAUGCGCUCUCCCCAGUAAUGAGGGACAAUAUUUAUGAAUGCUAAUGAGUUUGGAUAUUGCUCAGGGAGGAUCUGGGUAAUACUAAACAGAGUUCACCGGCCUGUGGAGAAACCAGACAUUUGCUUUGUAAAUUUCAACCAGGACCCAUCGCAUUAUCAUUAUAAUUAAAGUCUACCCUGUGAUUAGAAGUUACAUCACCGCUUUCUAUUUAUAUACAUGAGUUAUUGUUAAAAUAUGAGUAUGAAGAUGUUUAUUUUGGCUGUUAUGUUUUUAAAACUUUAUCUUGUUUGUUGAUAUCUUUAUUAUCAAGAUCUCGACUUGGCUUAAAAUUUUGGGUCUUUUUCAUAAUAAUUCACUGAAAUAUACGGUCAAGCUUUUGAUUCCCAUUACCUGAAAACACUGUAAAUAAUACAAGUUUAUCUAUGAUGCACGUUUUCAGUAACAAGGAAAUUCAAAGUAGAAAAACAAACUGGAAGAAAACAUAAAAAAAAAGUUGAAAGUUGAUGAUAGAAGGAUGACAGAUGCUGAGGAGCUAGACAAUUUAAGCUAUCCCACUGAUAUCCACCUACCUGCUUGACUCACAACAAAGAUCCACACACCUACAGAGCACCCACUCACACAAAACACAGAUCUACGACACCUACAGAGCUCUCACAACCGCACAGAAGAAAAAUGACCAAGACCAGGGUGGUAAAACUACUCGAAAAGGCUCCAUACUUAAUUAAAAUCUGAUCGAGUGUUAAAGGAGUUCACAUCGAUGAAACUUUGUCUCUUCUUGCAGCCACAGCUGGCGAGUCUGUGUGCCACAUCUUCCAGCGGGCAUCCUGCCAGUUAUCACAGGCCGCACCCUCAGCAGGAAGCCGACACAGAGCAGCAUAUCCAUCCUCAGCCUCAGGAUAACCCCCUUCCCUGCGGGGCCGGCGUGCCGCUGAAAGCUCGGAACAUCGCCGCGGACGACGGGUCCAGAUCCUCCACUGACAGCCCGUCUGUCGGCAGCACCGGAGAUACAGGUAAGACUGAACUGUUUCCCUCAACUCUCAGUUAUACUCGACCAAUCAUAGACCUAUAUUUGACAAGGGGGCGGGUUCUCCAGGAUUAUAAUACAGGAGAGCUGCACCAGACAAUGUACUUUUAUGAUAACAAGAGUGAAUAACAGCACUUACAGCACUCAACGUGAAAAAGAUGUGAUUUUUCCCCCUCUCUGUUUUCAUUCUCUGUUGCUAUGCCCUGUGUCACACUGCUCUGUGUUGGACUCCCACAUGAGGCUGUUGCCACCCUGGAAAGAGGAAGUGGAUUGAAUGGAACCAGAAUAAUCCACCAAAGGGGGGAUUGGUCUGUUGACCCACGGCUAGGGUUUAAGAGACUCUCAGGGCAUGAAAAGAAGGAGACAUGGCAUCCAGAAAUACUCAGUUUAAAUGAGCUUACAUCUAAAUAAUGCAACGGCUGAUCUGGCUUCUUCCAAAUGACAGUUUAUGCCAGAAUGCAUGUUCAUUUUGUUUGUUUAUUUGUCCAAGAACUAAAUGUAAAAAUGAAAGUACGCAACCGCUAGCCUAGUGGUCUCAUACGUGGAUGUUACGCCUCAUGAAGUCUGUCCAAGUUCGUGGCUCCUUCCCUGUAUGACUCUCCCCAUUCUGUCUCCUCAUUUCUUGCUUUGUCCACUUUCCUGUCAUUUCCAAAUAAAGGCAAAAAAACAGAAAAUAAAUCUGAAAAAAUAAAAAUAAGGAUUAGUUGGCUGUUCGGUGAAGGUCUUAUUUUAUUUGCAAGAGGGAAACUACUUUUUUAUGGACAGUAUGAAACUUUGUGGACUCAAACCACUAAAAGUGUCGCCUAAAAUCUACCAGGAUCUUGAUGAAAUUCCCGUUUGAAAUUGGGUCUGACAAGAUAAAAAGGCAUCAGAAAACACUGGGAAACAUUCAUAUUGAGUGUGUGUGCAGGACUGUUAGCUUUUUUAUCAUGUCACCGGUACUUUCCAUGCUGUGAGGAUUCAGAGUAACUGAAAAAUUGCAGAAAUUUUCAGGAGUGCAUGCAUAAAAUUACUACAGUGAGCUUUUGAGGCUUUUGUAUCUGUGUUUUUAUUCUUUUCAGACUAUCUCUCAAAUUCAAAGCAAACUGUCUUUUCAGUCCAUAAUCCUGUAUUUUCUCUUCAGAUCAAAUCAUACUACCAAAGUUGUCAAACAUAAAAUCCCUAAUCUGGGUUUUAACAGAAUUACUCAGGAAGUAAGUGCAGAUUUUUCCAAGAUAUGAACCCAUGAACUAUAAAGAUUACAGUAGAAAUAUGCAGUUAAUGUAUCUGAGGAUGUGUAAGUGUUUAAAAAUUGAUCUUUAAAGACAAACAUCUGAAAUCAAAGCGCUGAGAUGACUGAGUGCUUAAGUGCUUCCCAGGAAAGACUGGAAAUGAUUUUCUCCAUCUGGAACAAAGCAGAUGAUCAAUCAGGAGAUGAAUGAAGAUCGUAGUUUUUCAGGGCGUUGUAGCUUCAUCCACAAUGAGUUAAAAAAAAUCACAUUCAGGGAUGAAAAGUCUGGUCUUUCUGUGGUUUUUCAGAUGGAUAUGCACACCAGCUAUGUCAGGCUGAAACCCCACAGGAGACCCAAAAGUCAGAUCUGGGUGCAGCCAACCAGCACAAAGGUUACUGCAAGGCUGUGGUGUCUGGACUGCUGUGUGGGAAAGCGGUGAAGUGGGAGGUCGCCUUUGAUAUCGAACCCUUCCUGAACGGCCGGGAACGUGAGGAAAAGGUUCACGAGGAGCUUUGGAACGAGACCUUCCACCAUAUGGCCGGACGCUCCAUCAUACACGACUUUGAGCAUAUGGCGGAUAAGGAGUGUGAGAUUGAACACGGUGAGCUCCGGCUUGUUGAGUGAAUUUCAGAGCAGUGGUUUGACACAGACUAUUUUAAUUAAUCAAACUUUAUUUAUACAGAAAAAUCUUGUCUAGACCAUACCCUCAGUUUUGUUUUUUUACAAAGAUAAGAUUGAGUCACCCUGUAAAAUAAGACCCAUUCUUAUCACGUCUAAUCCGCCUUGAGCAGAGCACUUUGCAUAUAAUUAAGAUAAAACCCGAUUUCCCCUCAGCGAACAAAACUGGAGACUUUUCAGAAAAUAUGUAACUCGAUAACAAGCCAUAUGGACGAGAUUUCUCAUGAGUUGAAAAUCUGUUUUUAGCAGCUGCUUGUGUCGUUUCUCCUGGUCUCAGUUCUGGAUGGUGUUGCGUUCACUCUCAGACGUACACUAAACACAUCUGCUGAAUGAGAUUGUAACAAAUGGAACCUUAAAUAAGAGACCCAGACAGUUUUUUUCCACUGUGCUGGACUUAAAAAGUAUUUUUCACUAUUUAAGUUUGAUAGGGCUUCAUGGGGACGAGCUUACUUGUGAGGCCUGCCUCUAGUGGUCAUGUGAUGAAAUGCAGGGUUUGGCACACAGACUGUAUGUAGAAUGGAUGCUGCUGGGUGAAGCCACUCCGAGAACAGCACACUCUAGUGACAGGCUGCAGUAUAAAGGUCCUUACACACCGGAACUGACGCAAAUAUACGACACGAAAUUACAAAAGACGCGUCCCGGGUGACUGACACAACAGCAGACUGAGUGUUUUUCAGUUCUGAUUAGACUAUAGUGUUGAGAUGUCUGUCUGUCAUGAUAGCAUGUACUGAGUCCAGUACCAGAUAAGCACAUUAAACUAUAAUCCAUAAAUGUAAGGUAACAACCGAGACCUAAUGGUGCCGUGACAGCAAUACUGUGACUGAAUUUGAGUUUACAGUGAAAAUACAUAUGGUAUGUUGUAUCUGGACAGGUUAGCUUACGAGCUAAAGUUACUUAGCACAGAUGAAAGUUAAACCAAAGACGUUUAUCAAACUGUUAAAGCACACAAACCAUCGUCAUAUGAGAGAUCCGACGCUAUGACUCUCCACAAGUCGUCCUUCAGGUCGUUAUCUUUGUAAUAUUUGUGUUUUUUAUCAAAAAUCACUCUGUUCUCCAACACGUAAACAAUUAGCCAGACGGCCAUGUUGGAUAUACCAGUGAAUCUGACUUCACAACAACACGAAAUCUGAUUGGUCGAAGAUUGCGUAGCUCAGUGUGUACAACACUACUGCGCAAUGUUGGUUUCAGGAAAUGGAGAAAAGUCACGGAAAUACUGAGAGCUUUUCGGCUUCAAAUCCAUAAACUGGGGAAAGGUGGAACCAAGUUGUCCAUAGUCUAUACAGUCUAUGGCACUUUGGUGUUUGCUUCCUUUUUCAUACCCAGAGUUGCAGUCUGUGAAAGGUCCAGAUUUACCGUUAAUCUAGUGUAGCAUGAAGACUAAGAACAAAUAGAAGCUAACCUCUCUUAUUUUAUUGGUUAAAUCCAAAAAAGGCUUUUGAAGACGCUUUUUGUGGAGCUGUGGACCAGGUCGUCUGCUGUUUCUGGAUCAUAUCCAUGUAUGGCUCUGUUUUAACCUGCAGCAACAAACUGUGUCCAUAAACACUGGUUCUGCAGAGUGGUUUUGAGCCCAUGCGGUGACUCCCACAAUAGUCAUGUCUAUUUUCAAUGCGGUGCCACCUUAGAGCCCAUAGAGUAUUGUUUUUUUGUCCUUGUUCUUACAGCAUUUUGCCUUUAAAUCAUAAAAUCCCUGAAUUCUUACACGUUUGAUUCAUGUUUAUGUUUUCAGCAACAUGUAAUUAAGUCUGAUGUGGUGUGUAGCUCAUGACUGUCAGGUAGUAAUUUUCUGCUCGGUAUCAUUCACAGGCUCUGGCAGGAAGUACCAGCUAUACGCCAUUCACACCAGCAAGGCCUGCAACAUACUGAGCAAAUACACAGCUCUCAUUCCCAUCGACCUGGACACUAAUGAGUACAUGCCGACAUGUAUCGAGUACAUGAAUCCCAGUAAGUCACGAGUGUUCCUCGAUUACAUGUGCUCUUUCCUCUCUAUGUAGUGAAAGGACACUACCAGGAACAUCUUAGUCUGUUGGUUGUUUUGUAGCUUUUAAACAAGAGAAGAACAAUUUUCUCUUUAGUGUUGACAUCUCAGCUGGGAGCAAACACCCUUUCGACUGUUUUUCUAAGGUCAGAGGAGACCAGUGGGGUCUGCUCGCUGCAACAGGCAAAGAAAGUAAAUCAGAAAAUUUGACAAAAUCGUGAUUUAGCUGAAAUUUUUUCACUGCAAACUGCAGGUUUCUAUCCAAACAUUAUUGUUUAGGUCAGGUGCUCAUAGCUUGUGGUCAGGAGCGGGGGUAGAUUGUUGUGAGCAGCUAUGAACAAAUCUAAAAAACUGAUGAAUGCAGGUUUGCCUGUAAAUUUUGUUCUGCUCACAAUUCAUGAAUGAGAUCCACCUUUCAUAACACCUAUCAAACAUCCAAAAUAAAACCCUUUAUAACACCGUUACCGAAAAUAAUAACUAUAAUAAUACAUUUUUUUUAAAGGUGUCUUUAGAACAACCAAGGCCACCAGAUGAUUUACAGAUAACCAUUCUUUAUCACAUCCUUCAUAACAGCCUUAGUAACACCCUUUAUAACAUCCCUAAAGACACCCUUUGUAACAACCUCAAUCACACCAUUUAUGACAUUCUUAUAACAUCCUUAAUAACAUACUUUGUAACAACCUUAAUAACAUCUUUAAUGAACCCUAUGAUUCCUUAAUAAGAUCCUUAAUAACAGCCUUUAUAACAUCCUUAUGAACAUCCUUAUUAACACUAUUAAUAACAUCUUUCAUUACACCUUAAUACAACCCUAAUAACACCUGUUAUAUGUCUUUAUUAGCAUCCUUAAAAACACUCUUAUUAACAUCCUUCCACAACAACCUUAAUAACAUCCUUCAUAACACCUUAAUAACACCCUUUAUAGCAUCCUUAUGAACGUCCAUCUUUACUGCCUUUAUAACAUCCUAAUAACACCCUAAGUUACAUCCUUAAUAACACCUUAAUACAACUCUAAUAAUACCUGUUGAAUGUCCUUAUUAACAUCCUCACACCACCCUUAAUAACACCCUUAAUUACAUCCUUCAAAACACCUUUCGCAACAUCCUUAUUAACAUCCUUGAUAACACCCUUUAUAACAUCCUUUAUAACACCUUAAUACAACCCUAAUAACACACGUUAUGACAUCCUUAUUAACAUCCUUAAUAACCCCCUUCAUCACACCCUUUACAACAUCCUUAAUAACAUUGUUUAUAACACCUUAAUACAACCCUAAUAACAGCCUUUAUAUGCUCUAGUUAACAUCCUUAACAACACCCUUAUUAACAUUCUUAUUAACAUCAUUCAUCACACCUUUUACAACAUCCUUGAUAACAUCCUCAUAACACCUACAUAUACCUUUCAUCAAGAUCUUCAAUCCCCCCUCGGCUAAACCCUGCAGUACAGCUUCUCCCAAGCUUGUGGAUUGCUUUUGUCGACAUCCAUCCACAAACAUGAAAACAUUUUGUUUUUCAGCCGAGUGUCUGAAGAGAGGCUCCCACUCCAGCUCUCGAUCGGGGAGCAGGAAGAACAGAGGGUACUCCAUCGGACUGGGUCGCUCUCAGUCUGGGGGCAUGUCUGAGGAAGUUGAAGAUGCUGUCCUGCCGAACAGUAAGCCUUUUUUAAAGAGAUUUCAAUCUGGACUUUAUCGCGGAAGAAGCCAAAUUUCUAGAUCAUAGAAGUUGGCAGUAGUUUUUUCUUAGAAAGGAUUUAUUUGAUUCAUUCCAAUCCAACUUUAUUUGAAACAGAAAGGUUGCAGCCUUGUUCCUCCUGCACUGUGAACUGUGAUAUUUCAGAAUGAGCCGAGAGAUGCUUUACAUUAAAAAAAUUCUCCGACAGUAAAAGGGCACAACAUUUUAAAUUGGUCUCCGAGAGUGUCAGCAAAGACAGGGUGAGGCCGGCUGAUUCACGAGCGUCUGCUUUAAAAUCGACUGCACAGUGGUCGCAGAGACAGAUGAGUCUUAUUUUUAGUGCUGUCACUUUUUGAAAGAAUAACACACGAGCCCAAAACAACACAUUAGAUCUUUGCUUAGGUUUGCUUUUGCUUGUAGGUGCAGAAGAUGUCGCUUCCCCGUGCAGCACCCCCUCCUCCUCCAGCUGGGAUAGAUGCAGCUUCACCGAGAGUGAGUAAAACGCGACACGAAAAGCGUCAGUAAUUUGGAUGUUUUUCCGCUGUUUUGUUCAUAAUGAGAAAACAGGAGAUUAUUGAUACCUCAGCCCCUCUUCUCGUAAGUGAUGAUGGAAAUCGACAGUUUUGUGGCUUGUGUUGACAGAGCCUGUCUAGACCUUUAAAUAAAAUAAUGAGUGGACGCUAAAGGCACAAACACACACACACACAUGAGAAGCUGUUUCACCUGCAGAGGAGAGACCGCUGAUGGAGUCUAUGACCUCUCCUGCCUUUAGUGCAUCCCAGUGGGUGUGUUGCACCUCUUUAUUGUGAGACUCAUGUCGAGAACGAAAUGGGAAAGUGUCCGAAAAUGCCACUGCUUCUGUAUAUCUCGCUCUCCUUUUUCUUUUGUGUAACUCUGCAUCUCUCUCUGCAUGUCUGUCUCAAAGUCUCUCAAAGGAGUUCGUCUGUGUCUUCUGACCAAUCACAGAAAACAGUGGAGAGCCUUUUUUCCGCCAGGUGGGUGUUUGAAGACUGUCUGGCUCCGUUAAUGGGCUCUAGCUGUGGUACCUACCGCUGCAUUAGCAAACAUAAAGACUUCAGGCUUAUUAUCUAAAAAUUUUAACCGCCGCUCAAAAGAGGAGGGAGAUCUUUUUAAACAUCAUCUUCUCCAACUUUGACCGCCGGAGCCUUGCUUCUUUCAUGAUAUUACACCAGCGCUCUCUUGUUAGCAGUUGUGACCGUAUAAAAAGGCGACUGGAGACCCUUUUUUUUUCCCCGUUUGAGAACGAGACUUACAGCCAUUAUGGGCACUCUGCGGGGCUAUUCUUGAAAGAGGAGGCGUGGAUGAAAACCCGCCAUUUAAAGAAAUGGAAAGAGAAAGAGUCGCCAUGUUGAAUGGGGGGGGAUAAUGGCACAUGGAGGCUUUCACUGCGGUGCACUUAAGGGUCACUAACAAAAGGAUGGAAAUCAGAGAAAGAGGAAACUUUAGAUUUUAGGUUUUUAUUUCUUAACAGUAUUGCAAUCCGCUUUAUUUAUUCAGACGGGCACUUUUCCUCAAGAAGCACAGACGCUGUUUUGUCUGACUUCGAUCUCAGCUGUGUGUCGGGUCAGAGAAUAAACAUAUUCUCAUAUUAACAUAAUAUAAAAGUAGGAAUAAUAACUCCCUGGAAACAACGAUGUACUCCCAUGUCAGUGCGGUGUGUUCGCGAGCUUAUGAGCAUAAAGUAAAGCCGAGGCUGGAGGAACUGUCAUUAGCGCUGGAGUCAGCGGGUCAUAAACCAAAGAUGAAAGUAAAAUUGGUCCCCUAAGUUAUUACAAUUCACCCUGCGAGGGAAAUAAAUGUCCGUACCAAAUGUCACAGUGAUCCGUCUAACAUUACGCAGACGGUUUGCACAAAACCUCAUGACCCGGCUCCGCGAGGGGAUCGCCGGAGUCAUUUGGAUUUAUCAUCUGGGUGUCAUGAAUGAGUCAACCGUACGUAACGACAAGGCGAUCAAUAGAUUCUGGUUUAUUUUGGUCGUGACCACAAAGACUUUAAAGAACUUCAGGAAAAGCAAAACAACCUCUAAAUGAAAGUCUAGCCUCUCCCCCUUUUCCUCAUAGAUUUAGUGUCGUAGUGGUUUGUGGUUCACAUACUGUACUCUCUCUGAUUUACUCCAUCCACCUCUCCCUCUCCUCUCGAAGGUUGGCCCUCAGCAGGACUCGUCUCCUGACUCGGGCCGCCAAAGGAUUCAUGUGUCGAUCUCACAGCAAGUCCGGCGAUUCAAUCGGAGAGAGUGACAACGAGAACAAAGACUACAUUCCUCUGGUGGGUUUGAGACCUGAACCCUGAGACCUCGUGAUUUUUCUAAGACUCUGAUCUGAACUGUAGAUUUGUCCCAGAGGACGAAGCAGUUAGAGGUGGUUUGACCGGAGGACGUCAGCUCUUUAAAGACAUUCCUCUCUUUUUUCCUUCCCUUCCUUCAGUUUUCCCAUCUUCUCUUCUUUUUCCUCUCUUUCUUCCUCUUCUCCAUCCUUCCUCCUUUCUUUAUUCUUCCCUUCAGUUAGUUUUCCUUUCUUCUUUCCUUUUUCUUUACUUUCUUUCUCUUCUCCCUUUUUUCUUUUCCUUCUUUCAGUUUUCCUUCUUUUUCUUUCUUCCUUUUUCAACCUUUCUGUCUUCCUUUCUUCACAUCCACCUUCUACCCUCCUUUCCUUCUCCCUUCUGUCCUUCCAUCUUUUUAUCUACCUUCCUUCUCUCCUUUCUUUUUUCCUCUUUCUCUUAUCUACCUCCCUUUCUUCCUUCUUUCCUCCUUUUGUUCCCUUGUUCAUUUUUCUUUCCUCCUUUUCUUCCUUUCCACCUUCCUUCCUUUUGUCCUCCUUUGGUUCCUUUUCUAGCUCCUUCCCUUUUCCUCCUUCUGUCUGAUCUACCACCCUUUCUUCCUUCUUACCUCCUUUUCUUUUGAUCUACCCUCCCUCCUUCCUCCCUACCUUUAUUCCUUUGUUUCUUCCCUCUUUCCUCCCUUCCUUCCUCCCUUUAUUCCUAACCUUUUCCUCCUUUCUGCUUCAUUUUCUCCACUCUCUUUUCUUUCAUUCUUCCUUCUUUCCUCCCUCCUUUCCCUUCUUCUUUGUUUAUUCUCGUUCAUAUUUGUCUUUUAUUGCAGCUUUCCUCCUUUUUCUUAUUUUCCUUUUUACUCUCGUUCCCCUUGUUUCCUCUCAUUUUGUUCAUUUUUCUAUGACUGCAUGAACAGUAUUCUGGUCUCAUUUUUACCAACAGAAACUGGAGCUUUCCGACAUACUUUAAAAUGAAUCAUUUUUCUUUCCUGACCUUUUAAACCGCUGAUAAGUUCUGCUCAGCCGUCUAAAAACUUUGAACAUUUGGACUUUUCUGGGGGGUGAAAUUUGCCCUCCGGUUGAGCUCCAAAAAGCUUUUUCAGCGCCAUCUAUUCUUCUUUAACAUUUCCAGCACUCUUGUCAGUACUCAAAUCUUUACUCGCAGGACUAAAUCAGAACCCGAGCUCAUCGCUUUAUCAUCAAACCAAACUUUACCCCGCCUUUUAAACCACCAGGACCUGAACGAAAGCUCUAAUUAUGUUGCGCACGCGGCAUUCGUCAUGUAUUAUUCAUCGCUUUCAGAUUCAAUGGAGAGAAAAAAGUCUGUGAACAACAAUCAGAGUAGCCCUCUAAAUGAUUUCCCUUUAUCAACAACCGCAGAGCUAUCUCUAGUAGGUACAUCCACACCGAGUUGUUGAUUGGAGCCGAGCUGCUGAUUGGAGAAGCACAAAACCUUUUUUCAUGGUAAUGAACCGUCAGACAUGUCGUGGUGUUUCAGCCGAUCAGGAUCUUCUUCACUUUUUUCUUUGAAUAUCACGCAUAGAGGAUUUACUCACAAAUGAAAUGUUUGAGAUGAAAAGCAUUAUCGUUUGAUUGUGCAAAAAUGUCAUAGCAAGAUGAUUCAAGAGAAAAUAUAGGAUAAUAAAGAAGAGUUUUCAGUUUGUUUGGUUUUAUAAACGGGCAUUUUGGGUAUCCAAGGAGCUCCGAUAUUGGUUCAGUAGAGGUUAACCAAAACGCCGUCCCCGCCCUUUUCUCCUGUUUUUUUUGGGCUGUCCUGAUACGAUAUUGAUACUGGAUCAGUCCGAUAUCAGACAAAAAACGAAUAUCAGAUUAUAUCGGCCUGCAUCUAAAAUCUCCGAUACAAGCAGUCCGUUCCAGACUCCACUCCAGCACCUCUAGCUAGCAGCGCCCUGAUUCAGUAUGCAGAGCCCACGUGAUCACAAUGACAGCAUGUACUAAUGCUGCGUUCCAGUUGUACUCAAAAGUCAGGAUUUCAAAGCUUUGAGUUGGAAAUUCAUCUGGAUGGCAGCGCAGUGCAUCAGCAGUAAAGAGUAACAGUAAAAGCUCUCUAAAAGAAUUAUUUAUUAGCACUUCUGUUUUGUUUUGGUAAAAUUAAAUUAGUGGUUUAUGUUGUGCUGCCCAACGUCUAACUGUGAACACGGUGCUAUGGUGUUUGUCGAGUAAAAUACUGUGUUGUGCGUCAUUUACAGUUGGUAUAGCUAACAACAACUAACAACAACUGACAACAGCUAACGACAGCUGAAAAAUGUAAACAACAGCUAACAAGGCUAACUGUAGGCGUCCAUCUUGGUUUUUCGACUUGUUAACUAGAACGCUGUCAACUCGGGUGUAACAUCAUUCCCAGCUCCGACAUUCGACUUCCAAGUUAACUUUAACUCCAAGUUCUUGAAAGAGGAGGCGUGGAUUAAAAUCGCCAUUUAAAGAAAUGGAAAGAGAAAGAGUCGCCAUGUUGAAUGGGGGGGGGGGGGGCAAUAGCAUAGUGACACAUGGAGGCUUUAACAGUACUUUUCGUUAAAGUCCGAAAAAGACAUUGCGGCUGAGUGAAAAACUUGUCAUGCACAAGUUUGUGCCAAUAUCGGAUCAAUAUUGGUAUCGGCUGAUACUGUAGGCUACAAUACCGGUAUCGUAACCGGGGUAACAAAGUUGUAUUGGUACUCCCCUAGUUUUUUAUUCAUCUUCAGUCACAUUAAGAUAAGCUACAUCCAUCACAUCAGUCUCUAACCACAGUGCUUCCUCUGUUCAGGUGUUGUUGCAGUUGGCCAGCGGCGCCUUUCCUCUUGACUCAGCUCUGUGUGACGCCAUCAAUGUUCCCAUGGACAAGCUGAAGUGGACGUCACCCUUCAGCAGCCAUCGCACCAGCCUGGGCCACCUGUCUCACUCCAGCAGCCGCCGCACCGACAGCUCAGACGACGGACACAGAUCCCCCUGUGAGCCAGAAUCACAGAGCCUUCAGCCUGCGGAGCACGCCACGGGAUCUCAGAGCCCGUCUCAUCUGUCCAGGAGCCCCUGUGCGGAGGCCGGUCCCCCCUCAGUGGGCAGUCCCUCUGCCCACAACGAGCCCCAGCUGUCCCAACACUCUCAAGUGGAUAGCGGACGGGGGUCAGGGUCAGGCGCCGUGGAGGCAGCAUCGCCCGGCGGUCUCAAGUGCAUGCUGGAUCCGGAGAGUAAGGUGUGGGCGACGGCGGUGGCGCUCGCCUGGCUGGAGCACAGCUCUGCUAGUUAUUUCAUCGAGUGGGAAAUGGUCGCUGCCAAGGCUAGCAUGUGGUUAAGUGCACAAGAAAUCCCAGAAGGCAAAGACUUAGCCUCCAUCAAGUCUGCUGCGAACCAGCUCUUCAUCAUCCUCAGACACUGGGAUGAGAAUCUGCAGCUGAACAUGCUGUGUUACAACCCCAACAGCGUCUGAAGCCUGCUGGUCCCCCGACUGAAACCCCCUGACCACUGACAGUACUCGGUUCAGUGCGAUACUAUGCUCGCUGAGGCUGUACUCUUCUCCGUUCAGCUGUGUGUUCUCCGGAGUCUGAUGAUUUUGCCGUUGCAGUGGUGAUAAAUGUGUAUCUUGUUCUGUUUGCGUGCUGAUCCUCCAAACAUAUCACAGGCUCUUCAGAGGCAUUAUGUGCAAGCUAUUACCUCUCGCUGGUGCCAUAUACUGUAGCCGGAUCCCUGUUAGCAAGGGAUCAAAUCUGAGUUAUGCCCCAGAUUUGAGCGUCAUGGAGAUGAACGUCAGUGUUAAAUUAGUAGCAUGCUGAAUCACUGACCAACAACAUCAGAGAAAAGAUUUUAUAGCCAUCAUAUUGAUGUUAACGGGGAGAAUGCUGCAAAACACACGAAAAAAAGGACAUUUUGACACUUUGUUUUUACGUCAUUCUGAAUUUCCUGAAUUGGUUUUGUUGUGAAAAGAUGGAAACACACAGUGCUGCCGAUCUUUUUGUAUUGCCUGCUCCCACUACUGUGCUGGUCAUAUUUGCCAUGAUUGCAUUUUAGCAGAGUCUGAAGAAUAUGCAAGAAGCUGAAGAAAAUAGAUGUAAAGAUUCGGAUGAGUGGCUUUGGUGUAAAUCUAUGAAUGUAUAUCCCACUAGCAUGUUUAUAAUGUAAUGAUGUGUAAAUCCAUAUUUAUUUUCUCACUAAGAAAGACGUACCUGUCGUAGAGGGGUAGUUUUGAUCAUGCCAUUUAUCAGAGACAGUCUCAGAGUUGAGUAAGCUGCAAGUUCAAAGUUAGUCUCACCGUAUAAAGAGGUCCUGAUGUAGCUUUAAGUUUUCAGGGAAUAUUUUACAGCCUGUAAGUGUGAGGAGAAGCAUGGUAUUGUAACCAUAACGACCAACAAAGUAAACACUAAACAGAAAACAAUACCCCUAAAAGACGUGAUGGGACUCAGACCAAACAAGAUCAAAAAUCAGUUUUUGAAAGGAUCAUUAACACGAACAUUUUUCAGUAAAAAUUUAAAUAAAGACCAACAAAAUAUCUAUCUUUAGAUCUUUAAAUUGAUCUUUGUCUAAAUAUCUAUAUAAAUAUAUCGCUAGAUCUAGAUAGAUGGAUGAUGAAA